AUGGGAGAUAAGUCUGAGUCGUCCGGAAGUAGAAAGCGUCGGCGAGAUGAAGCGGACGAAGAAGAAGAGAAGACCGAGGCUGCUGGCGACGCCGAUGAAGCUCCGUCACUCGAAGACAGCCUUAUGUUUAGUGAUACGUUGGUCGCGCUUCGUAUCAUGCGAGCUCAGUUCCCUCGCAUUGACAAGGUUGCGAUUGAGCCUUUCGUUUUGCGCUCGCAAUUAUACAGUAGCGUAAAGGAUAGAACGCAAGUAGACAGAGAACUAGAGACUUUGAAGAGGGAAAACAUGUUGAGAAUUUUUAAACUCAACACUGGGCAAGAUGAUCAUGCUAUUAUGUUUUUGGAAGACUAUCUAAAUCAGAUAGAACGUGUUACAAAAAGGCUAGAAGAAAACAAGAAAAGUGACACUGAAGUUCUUGAGUGGUUUAAGAAAUAUGUUAUUGAUUGCAAGUUGGAACCUAGUAUUGACCAUCAAGAGCUUUGCUUACUCCUAUCUAAUGGUGGAAAGGUGAAGGAUGAACACAUUUCACUUCUAAUCAACGCUGGCCUUCUGACUCGCCAACUGAUUGACCCAAACAUGUAUUGGUUUGCAAUUCCAAAUAUUGGUUCAAUACUGAAGGGACUUUCUCAGGGAAGGAAGGAGCUGCUAUCUCUUCUAAAACGUAGGAGAUAUAAGGAGAUGAUGUUAGCCCCUUUGGAAAAGAAGCGUCUUCGAUUGUCCCCACUCGACAUUCGAUUUCACCUCCGAGAUCUGAUUGGCUCAGGGCACCUCAAAACUCUUUGCACGCCAACUGGGUUGGUAGUACGGGUUUCAAAAGAUUAA